AUGGACAUUGACAAGAUAUUUAAACUCCCUUCAAUACCAAGCGGAAAGAACAAACGCAAAUUAGCUGCUACUCCUAGUACCGAAGUACUAAAAAACGUUCGUGCACGACUUGAAGAUUCCGACGAAGAUCUCGACAUCAGUAGUAGCCAGAAAACUAGCAAAAACAAAGGGAAGGGUAAAUCGGUACAGAUCUCUGACGAGGUCGAAGAGAGAGAGUACUAUGUUGACGAUUACGGUCAGGACGACGAUGAGGAAGGAAGAUUCUACGGAGGUGGGCUUACAGAAGAGCAAAAGAGGAUAUUGGAAUUAGUUGACGAAGUCGAGACGGAAGAGACAGGCGCAUUGGAUCCUGCCGGUGUGCGAAAAUUGAUUCUUAGAUUCGAAAAAGCUAUUAACAAAAACCAAGAGUAUCGAGUGAAAUAUGCUGACGAUCCGUCAAAAUUCAUGGAAUCGGAAGCUGACCUCGACGAAGAAAUAAAACGCCUCAAAACGCUAUCCGAAGUUCCAGAUCUUUACCCCUACGUGGUCCAACUUGGCGUCAUUCCUCAGGCCGUCUCUCUUCUUGCUCACGAAAAUACAGAUAUCGCUAUCGAUGUAGUUGAAUUACUCAAUGAACUUACAGACGAAGACGUUGUGGCAGAACACGAAGAAGAUGCUAUUAAAGUCUUCGUAAAUGCUCUGUUGGAGAAUCAGAUGAUCGAGUUACUCGUUCAGAAUCUGCAGCGGUUGGAUGAAAGCGAGAGUGCAGAUAAUCAGGGGGUAUUCAAUACUCUCGGCGUCAUUGAGAAUUUGACAUCGCUGGAUCCGUCGAUAUCAGAGCGCGUUGUGAUGGAAACGGAUUUGUUGCAAUGGAUAUUGACGAGGAUAAAAGUGAAAACAUUCGAUUCAAAUAGACAAUACGCUAGCGAAAUAUUGGCAAUUUUGCUUCAGGGUAGCCGCGGUAACUAUCAAUGGGUUUAUUCGGUAUUUGAGAAAGUUUUUGCUUUCACUGAUGAUUUGCUUCUUCAAUUAGCUAAUAGAAUAAAAUUGGGUGAAUUGGGGGGAGUGGAUGUAUUGCUGCAAGUACUGAAUUCAUAUAAACGCAAGGAUCCUAAAGAUGCAGAUGAAAUAGAAAUGAUGGAAAACUUUUUCGACUGUUUGUGUUCGGCACUUGCAGAGCCGGAAAUAAAACAGAAAUUCUUAGAAGGCGAAGGAAUCGAGUUGAUGCUUAUUAUGGCAAAAGAAAAGAUGAUGGCUCGAAUGCGAGCAAUAAAAGUUCUUGAUUACGCCAUGUCCACUCCAGAUGGCGCUGGAAAUUGCGAGCGAUUUGUUGAAAUUUUUGGAUUGAAAACUUUAUUUGCUACUUUCAUGCGCAAGGGCAUUAAGAAAUUAAGAAGGGCAUACAGGAACUUUUCAGAAGCACAGGAAGAAGAACAUGUCAUUGGGAUUAUUGUAUCUCUCAUAAAGAACCUGCCUUUUAACGGUGAUUACCGAUUACGGUUAUUAAGUAAAUUCAUUGAAAAUGAUUACGAAAAGGUCAACAGGUUACUGGAAUUGAGAGACAGCUAUGAGGCCAAAGUUGCCAUUGUUGAUAGGGAGAUUACACGAACCAAGCAGAGAAUGGAAGAAGAUGACGAAAACGAUGAAGACAUGGAAGAAGAAUUCUAUUUGCGAAGAUUAGAUGCGGGACUGUUUACUCUGCAGCUGGUCGAUCUUACACUUGCAUGGAUAGUUUCCGAAGAUGCCAAGAUUAAGGAACGUGCAACGACUCUUCUAGGUCAUGUAGGUCGAAGUCUUGAGGAUGUAAAACGAGUGUUACAAGAAUAUUACGAGAACCUGGGGGGGGAUGAGUCGGUUGAGACUAUGCUUACAUCAUCAACACCAAUGGUCGAAGAGGACGACGGUGGGAAAAAUGACAAUGACGGGAACACGGAGCACAUGGACGAAGAUGGUAAAGAGGAGGAUGGACAACAAGAAAGUUUAACAACAGAACGACAAACCGCAAUAGUUAGCAAGGAGUUUGUUGCUCGUCUGAUAAGUUCUUUAUAA